AUGAAGAAACAAAGCUCCAAUUUAAUUUUAAUUAUUUUUGGAUCAUUCCUCUAUUUAUCUAUAUUUUCGAAUGCAACAUUCAUUGGUCAUCAAAAAAAUGAAGGUGGUGAAACUGAGGAUGAGGUGAAGUUUGAUUAUAAUGAAAAGAGUGAAAAAGGACCAAGUAAAUGGGGAGAUUUAAAUAAAGAAUGGGAAACUUGCAAGAAUGGGAAAAUGCAAUCUCCAAUUGAUAUUUCAAGUUGUAGAGUCAAAAAUAUGAGAAAAAUGGGUCACAUAAAACACUACAAGCCUACUAAUUCUACUAUAAGAAAUAGAGGACAUGAUAUUUCAUUGCAUUGGCAUGGGGAUGCUGGAUCAAUUUUGAUGAAUGACACAGACUACCCUCUUAUACAAAUUCAUUGGCAUUCACCAUCUGAACAUACUAUUAAUGGUAGAAGGUAUGCAUUGGAAUUGCAUAUGGUUCACCAGGAGCAGGUGAAUAAAAAAACAGUUGUAAAUGCUGUCCUUUACAAAUUUGGCAAACCAGAUCCAUUUAUUUUUAUAUUGAGGGCACAUAUAUUAUCUAUGAUAGAUCAAGAAGGUGAAGAGAGGAGUUUGGGCAUAAUUAAUCCAAAGUAUAUUACUAAUAAUAUUCAUAAAGAAAGUUAUUAUGAAUACAAGGGUUCACUCACUAUUCCUCCUUGCACAGAAGGUGUUACUUGGAUAGUCAACAAGAAGGUAGAAACUGUUUCAAGAUUUCAAGUGAAGUUGCUUAGAGAAGCUGUACAUGAUCAUGCUGAAAGAAAUGCAAGGCCAUUGCAACCAAAUAACAACAGAGAAAUUCAACUUUUAUUCUCCAAGCACUAGGAGCAUGUCAAUAUUCACAAUACCUGCUUUUGAGAUUCGACUAAUUCAAAU